AAUUCAGAGUCACUUCCUUUCGUUUUCCUCUAAUUUGUAAUAUUUAAAAUCAUAUCCUUUUGUGAUCCUUUUUUUAAAUUCAUUCAACGUUCGGUUUAUGUUCGGUUAUGUUCGUGACUCCUCUGGUGUUACGGUUAGUCCCUUGUUAAGCUAAAUAGAUGCAUGGCUAAAAUUCAUGACAAAACACGAGCCAUAGCCUAGAGAAUCCCAGCUUAAGAAGACUAAUUUAAUUAUCAUUUAUUAUUUUAAAUAAAACUAAAGAAAUACACAUACAUUCGUUCACUUACUAGAUUUUAUCAUCAAGUGUAUUAUUGAGAUUCGUAAGAACUUAUCGUAAAUUAUAAUAAAUUUUUAUUUAUUAUUUGGUCCAAUAAAACGUGACUUAUUUGUUGAUGCAUUGGAAGUAUUGUAAUAAUUGUUUAAUGUAAUACCUAUACCGUUGACGACAGAAAGGGAUCAAGUAUUGCGUGAAUUGUUUGCUUACAAGAGUUUGCUGUGCAGUUGAGAUUAUAUGAAGUUGACAUUGUAUUAAAUUUUGCAAGUACCCAGUUAAAAACUCAAGCUCGCAAUAUAAGCUAAUAAACGGAGAUAUUCUUCCUAAUUUAAUUCGCUGGAAUUAGACUUAACAGCUCUUUGAAUAAGAACUACUUAAGUCAGUUGUUAUCGUACUAGUUGCCAGAGUGGAAGUAAAAAUUUCGCAUCCUAUUCGAAUAAUCUUGUACAUCAUUUUACCUUCAAAUGGAAAGAAUUUUUGUUUUUUGACAAAACACUACAUAUUGAAUUUGUGAAAUAAGUGCAUAAAUUUACAUGUUAUGCGGUCUCUAAUUUUUUAAUUUUCGCCUGAAAAGGCAGAAAGGCAGGAGAAGAAGUCGAUGGUGAAUUAAUAUCGUGAUUUUGUGUAGAACUGAAAACUUAUUUUCAAAAAAAAAGUUUACAUUUUUUGUGGUAAAUGGAUACUGAAUGUUUCUUUUUACAAUUUAAAAUGCUAAAUAUUUACAACGUCUCCGUGAAAAGUCAUCACCAGCAAGAAACGACUGGAAUUAAGAAACUAUACAACUCUUUCUUUGUUAUCUUUUAAAGUCAGCAAAGCUUAUCACGGAGAUUUACAAAAGCUCGCCUACCAUAUAAUAAAUUAUUAGGUGAAGAAAAGAACUCAAACUGAAAACGAAAAGAGAAAAGUGAUAAUAGCGUAGCUAUCAUAAUUUUAGAAAUCGUAAAAUAUCGAGACAGCAGCAAUGCUGAUAUGUAGUGCAUCAUUAAUAUGGAAUUAAAUACUCUUCCCGAUUAUACGAAAACUAUUUUCAAUUUGCAUUCAAAUCACCAAAAUCAUUGGAGUAGUUUAGUUAAUAGUGGAAUGGAAGAAAAUAAUGAUUAUUUUGAUUGGUCUAAUGAAAUGAAAAUACAGGAGGAAAAAAUGGAAAAUUUUGUAAAUAAAUUAGAGCCAAAAAUAAUGCGAAAAAGAAAAAAUUCAGAGAAUCAUGAAGGUACAAAAUUUAAACCAUUAAAUGGAUGCAAAGAGUUAAGGGUUCAAAACGAGAAUAUUAAUAGCGAGAAACAAAAUGCUACUGAAAAUGUUCAGAAUGGUUCUACAAGAAUGCCUGCUUGGCAAAUUGAUGAUAUAUCCGAACUAAAUGCUGACUUGGAGGGGUCUUUCACUAAUUUACGUACUGAUCUUGCAAACAAUGCCUAUAAUAUGAGUGAAGCAAUUUUAAAUAUUCCCGGAUUACCUAUUUUUAAACAAGAGGCUCCUUCACCAACAUCAAAUGAACUGUCUAAUGGACAAAAUCGAAAGAGUCAGAACACCCCUAUAUUACAUAUUUCAACUAACCAAAUCAACAGAAAUAUAAAUGAUUCCAACGACAAUAAUUCAAAUGGUCUGGGCAAUAAUCUUCACAAUUUAUUGAAUGGGGCAAACUAUAGUAAUUUUCAAAACUCUGUUGAUUGUAAUUUACUUACAUCCACUAAUGUCUCCCAGGAUGGAUUUAAUAAUGUAACGUCAAGUAGCACUACUUUUCCUGAGGAUUGUCGAUUUCAGUAUGUUUUGGCGGCUGCGACAAGCAUUGCUACUAAGUUGAAUGAGGAUACAUUAACAUAUUUAAAUCAAGGUCAAAGCUACGAGAUUAAAGCAAAAAAGUUAGGCGAUUUAUCCACAUACCGCGGGAAACUUCUUAAGAGCGUUAUACGUGUAUGUUUUCAUGAACGUAGAUUACAAUACAUGGAAAAGGAACAAAUGAAAUUAUGGCAAAAAUCAAGACCGGGAGAUCGUAUUCUUGAAAUUGAUGUGCCAUUAUCUUACGGUCUUUGUGAAGUUAGUCAACCAGCAAAUUCUUUGAAUACUGUGUGUUUUAGUUGGGAUCCUACGAAAGAAGUGGGAAUUUACAUAAAGGUGAAUUGCAUAAGUACGGAAUUUACUCCAAGAAAACAUGGUGGCGAAAAGGGAGUACCAUUUCGAUUGCAAGUUGAAACAUAUUACGGAAAUAAUGAGUCCGAGAAUAUUCGAAGAUUGCAUGUAGCUGCAUGUCAAAUAAAAGUUUUUAAACUAAAAGGUGCGGAUAGAAAGCACAAACAGGAUCGCGAAAAAAUUUUGAAGAGACCAGUUUCAGAACAAGAAAAGUUUCAGCCUAGCUAUGAGUGUACUGUCCUAAAUGACAUGCCAUUAGAUGCUUUUUCUGGGUUCCCAGCCCCGGAAAUACCCAUACGAUCUUAUUCUCCAGAAGGGAGUGACAAAUCACCAAGUCCGGUUCAAAAUAAUACCGAUAAUGGCAAUUUGAUAUCUACUAAUUAUAGUUCUUUAAGUACCAUAAAUACUGUAGACAACCGGCAAGAAGAAAGUACAUGCUUCCAGGAACCAGAUGAGGAUAAUUUUCUUCAAUUAUCAGAUCCUGAAGAUGUCUUAAAAUGGCUGAAUUCCAAUCGAUUUGGGAAAUACUUGGACAUGUUCUCUAAUUUUUCCGGUUCUGAUAUGUUACGAAUGACAAGAGAAGAUUUAAUUCAAAUAUGCGGUCAAGCUGAUGGCAUUAGACUAUAUAACGCUUUACAUAACAGGAUAUGCUUAGUAUUGUUUUGCUAUAUCAUGAAGUAGCUUAACGUCAAGUUUGGAAUAUUUGCGAACGAUUGCACUUUGUCGAAUCAUAUACACUUCAUGAUUUGUACAGCUAUCAUCAAUGGGUCGUUAGUCCGAAGACGAUUGCACACGCACUUUCACUUUUUUCUUUCCUAAAUUCUAACAUACCUAACUAUCACUUCAUAAUUCAGAAUUUAUCCUUUUCAUUAUUGACUUCCAUAGCGCCUUUUGUUAUCUUAUUCUUUCUAAUACCUUUUUAUUCUUAACAUUUUCUGUCACGGUAUUUUCAUAAAUACAAUAAAUAGGCGAUUUCAAAGUCAGAUAAUUCAUUGAUUUCUCCAGUAAAUGAUACCGAAUCGAAAAUAAUGUCCUCUUUUGCGUGUAACUGAUUAUUAAUUGAAUGUAAGCAAUAACAAAAUUAGUAUAACCGCCGUUAUGCUUUCCUUUCGUCACAUGUUUUGUUGAUAUGAGUAUUCUCUUCAACUGUUCAAUUUUUUAGAUUAUUGGACGAAAGUUCGCGUAUUUGAAUUGACUUUGGAAUUCUUGUUUUGGUCAGCUGUUUGGAAUCCAAAUGUUUAGAUCCAAUUAUCAAUUACUCGAUAAAGAAAACACUGUUUUAAUCGAUUUACUAUCAUUUGAUAUGAUAUAUGAUUAGAAACUAAAGAAUUUGACUUUUAACCCAUUUAUUCUGUCAUCACCCUUUGUAGUAUUUUUAUUUAUGAAAUACUACUAUACAUAUAAAUACAAAAGAAACUCAGCAUAAGUUAGUACGGGUAAUUCCGGAAAAGCGAGUGAUGAGUGGAGUUUUGCAACAUCUGCUCAUUGAUUAUGUUCUGAAGCUUACUUUUUUGCUUUCAUUUUUGAAAACAUUGUAAAAAUUUAUCUAACACUUCUUGAAUUGUUUCUUCUCCUGGAGGCAGCCCUAUAUUUGACUCCAAUACUGGUUUUUGAAGGUUAGGCAAUGGUUGUCCAGAUCAAAUUUCUAAUCAUGGUUAUCUUUCUAUGGGAAUAUCUUUAAAAAUCCUCUUCAUAAUCCGAUAAAGUUUUAUAUUAGCAAACAUCUAGAUAUAAAUCUAUAGUAAUAAAAUAAAACGAAUAUUUACUAAUUUUGAUUUACACCAGUUCCUUUAUUAUGCAUAGAAACAUGCUUGCAGAUUAGCACGUAUUAUAAAUUAUAUUGUCUCGUACGUUGAAUUUAAUUAGGUAAUUAUAAAUACUUUAUAUAA